AUGCCUUCGAACACUAACCAGUUCCUUCUUUUCGUCUCGAUGCUGGCAUCGAUGAUCCUUGGACACGUUGUCCUCGAAAACCCUAAGCCCUUCAAGUUUGUUGAAGAUGGCCCUACUAACCCCAUUUCUCCCACAGGUGACGACUUCCCAUGCAAGAUUCCCGCCGGGGCUAGCUACAUCGUUGAUGGAGCACCCACAGUCAUUGCCAUCGGCGAGACCUUCGAGGCCACCUUCCAGGGCCAGGCCGUCCAUGGAGGCGGCAGCUGCCAGUUCGCCCUCAGCGCCGACGCCAACCCCACCAAGGAUUCCAAGUGGAUGGUCAUUCAUUCCAUCGAGGGCGGUUGCCCAGCCCGUAACCAAACGGGUAACCUCGAGGGUCCCAAUAAAGAUAAGUACCCUUUCAAGAUCCCCUCCAGCAUUGCACCCGGUGACUACGUCUUUGCCUGGGUCUGGCUCGCCAGAAUUGGUGGCCAGCCAGAGUACUACAUGAACUGUGCCCCCAUCACCGUCACUGGUGGUGACGGUGCCUCCAAGAAGAAGCGAGAACACUUUGCUGAUCGUCGCAUGUUCCUUGCGAAGCGUGAAGAGUUUCCCGAGCUCUUUAUGGCCAACAUUGGAGAAGUCGCUGGCGGCUGCACCACUGAAGAGGCUCUGGCUGUACAAGUUCCCAUCGCUUUCCCCAACCGCGGCAUCUAUUUUGACCGGCCCGAGGGCGACAAUCUCUACAAGCAACCCUGUGAUGGCAAUCCCAAUGCCGGAACCCCUGUCAAGGCUCCGACUGGCGGCGAUAUGCCUCCUGGUACUGUUGAGACGGCUGUUCCGACCUCUUCCGUUGUCGACGGCUCCCCUAUCUCAACCCCUAUCCCGACCGCCUCCUCUGCCGUCACUUUAUCUGUCAUCACAUCACCUACAGACCCAAACCCGGCCCCGACGACAGCUCCCGUGGAGCCUACUGCUCCCAUCGAGCCCACCGCCCCCAUCGAACCCACUGCUCCGGCCGAAUCUUCGAUCCCAGCAGCGCCUACUGUUUCUAUGACCUCUCCCGCCGAGACUGCAGCCCCGACUGGCGUUGAUCCGACCCCUUUCAUUUCCGUCGUCACGGUCACCAUCACCGCCACCAUCUGUGAAACAACGACCGCUCCAGGUGCGCCUGUAGCUGAGCCUACCACUGCCCCGACAUCUUUGCCUGAUUCACCUGUCACUGACCCCGACUCUUGCACCGAGGGCUACUUGACGUGCUUGGAGGACGAGACUCAUUUUGCUACUUGCACUGGGGGCCAGUUGACUGCGCCGCAGCCGAUUGCCCCUGGCUUCAAGUGUGCCGCUGGAGAAGGUCAAGGUCUUGACAUUUCGCCUAUUGGAGGAGAAUGUUAG